UUUCCUGUUGCUGCCGCGUUAAUGCUGAACAGACCUUGCUCUCUCUUCCCUCGCUCCAGCCAAAGUGCAGCUCCCGCCGUCGUUCGCCUCCUGACGCCCCGAUGUGGAGCACAUACUGUCCCCAGAGACACUGAAGGAGACGGGGAGCAGGAUGGAGAGCCCCAAGCGGGACAUGGAGCUGCUGAGCAACAGCAUGGCUGCCUAUGCACACAUCCGAGCCAACCCUGAGAGCUUUGGGCUCUACUUCGUGCUGGGUGUCUGCUUCGGGCUGGUGCUGACCCUGUGCCUGCUGGUGCUGCGGCUCUCCUGCCAGCCCCCCGCGCGCCCCGCCCCCCGCCCGCGGGACCUCAGCGAGGAUGAGGAGGAUGAGGACGAGGAGGAGGAAGAGGAGGACACUGUUGACCGUGCAGCAUCCGAGUCUCUGCUGCCGGUGACCGAGAUCCCUCUGGAGAGCCACGGCCCUGGGGACGGGGCACUGGCAGUCAACGUCUUCGCCUCAGCAGAGGAGCUGGAGCGGGCGCAGCGGCUGGAGGAGCGGGAACGCAUCAUCCGAGAGAUCUGGCGCAACGGGCAGCCUGACAUCCUGGGCACCGGCACCCUGGGCACCGGCACCCUGGGCCGCGUCCACUACUACUGAACCCUGGCACAGGGGCGGCUGCCCCAGUGCCCCCGGCAGCUCAGCCGACACCCCCUGGGAGCUGGUCUGGGGCCAGGAGACCUGAGGACAGGGGCUGCUGGCUGCCCCGGGGUGGAGGAGCUGCCCCAGAGCAUCUCUGCUCGCUGCAGCCAGACCCGGGUGCCGUGGGACCAGCCUCACCCACCCCCCCGUGGGACACGCUGCACUUUGAGCCAUUGGUACGACUGCUGGCACCAGCCCCAGGACCCUGCGGGGACAAGGACAAGGACAGGGCAGGCUGUGCCGGGCUCAGCACUGGCAGGAAGCCCAGCCCGGUGGGUCGCGGUGGGUCUGUACAUCCGUGUAAGCUGUGGGGUCCUGCCCCAGAAACAUGGUGCUGUUAGACACUCCCUGCAGCCCAGCAUGGCUGGGUCCUGCGUGCUGGGUACAAGCAGUGCUGGGGGCUACGGCAGCCCCUGCCUUCCCAGGCCUAUUUCCCUUCCCCCCCCAAGCUCCACCAAAAUUAGCCGGGUCCUUUCCGGCACCGCCCGGCCCUGACCCAGCACCCUCCCAGUGGGGCCCGGCCGGAUGUUUCCCGCUGGGCUCUUGGGGCUGUGGGAGCUCCCAGGGGCCCCCAGGCUGCUCCCCACGGGGCUGAGCCCCGUCCUAACCAUGCUCCCAGCACUAGCACAGCCCCACGGGGUGUGGGGGGCCCCACCACCCCCUCCUCAUCCCCUUUCUCAGCAGUUUUAUAAAAAUAACUCCUUCCCAGGCCAGUCCCCCAAGCAGCCAGCGCCAGCAGGAUCCAGAUGUUUUCCAGAUGUUUCCCCAUGCCAAUGGCUCAAGGCCAGGAUGCACUGGGGCUGGGCUGGGAAACGAUGCGGGGGCUGGAGGAAGAGGCUGUGGGCCCUGGCUCUGCACCCUGGCCAGGAUGAGAUGCAGGGUUGUUGGGGGCACAUGGUCCUUCCGGGACCAUCUGGCAGUGGCUUCAGCCCUGUCCGUGACUGCACAUCUGAUCCUGGCACCCAGGCUGAGCACCACAGGCUUCUGCCCAGAGCAGUCCUGGCUCUGCAGCAGAGUCAGCUCUAGGAGGGACUCUUGUGCGAUGGCAGGACCCCUUGUGAAAGCUGGGACCAGCCCAGCCCUGCCUGACCCCCUGGAGAGGUGGCCACCCACCACAGAGCACCACCAGCCCUGCACAACUCUGCAUCCAAAAUAGUUUAUUUUAAACAGUA